UCGAUUUUCCGUCAACUCCUUGCACUACUAACUGUCUCAUUUCCAGAUCCUAUCAGCUGAUCCCGACGCUUUUUUCAAUUUUCCUCUAAAAUUCGAUUGUUUUCUUUCGAUUAUAAUAUCAUUCGACUACCUGCACAAAUCUACAGUUUAUUUAGUGAAAAAAAACAGCACAAAUCAAAUGUAACCCCGAAACACAAUAAUUACGAUGAUUUUUAUCGUUUAUCGAACUCGCCGAUACUCACUUUUCAGUCUAUAAUAGUUAUGAAAUUGUUCGAUUUGUUACUGAAAACUGAAAUCUACCAGAUUCUGUACGUACAGGAUGUGUAAUUUUUCACGCUAUGAAGAAUGGUUGGCUAUUAUUACCAGAGCAUUCGAUCCAAAGGUUCUAUUUCUUACUGUCAUUCCUUUAGUGGCAGGUCUAAGUACACGACUUUACUCGAGACUGUUGCUAAGCGUUUUACUUACAGAGUAUUUCAAUACAUUAUUAAAAUGGAUACUUGCCGAGGACCGGCCCUUUUGGUGGGUACGUGAAACAAAAGAGUUUACUACGCUUAACCGUCCCAAGCUAUAUCAAAAUGAGUACACGUGUGAACCAAGCCCUGGAAACCCAUCCGGUCAUUUAAUGACAUCGACUACAUAUUUAUAUGUGAUAUUUUCGGUACUCGAGGAAGCUGGGUUUCAAUAUGGGAAAUCAGCUGUAGUGACGCUCCGUAUAUGCUACUAUGCUAUCCUUCUGUUUAUUUCUAUCUCUCGGAUGUAUUUUGGAUGCCACUUUCUGCACCAAUGCAUUUUCGGUAUUGUAUUCGGAGUUGCCUUGACGAAGCUGACAAUGUCUCUGAGCUUCGAAAAGCAUUUGACAAAGCUGACAAGAAAAAGACGAAUGGCUUAUUUCUGUCUGAUUUGCCUGAUACUUUUAGCAGUUUACUGGGGACAGAAACUUGUUGGCAUAGAUCCACAGUGGUCGGUAAAAAUGGCUUUCAAGUGGUGUGAUGACCCAUUUUUCUUGGAUCCUAGCACUACGCUCGUGUUUAGUAUCAUACGACUUACCGGGUCAUUGAUUGCAUUUGCAAUUGUUGGACCGGUUUUAAAAUCACCACCAUUGAAUUGGAAACGGAGUAUUCCUCUAGUAUUAAUAAUGAUGACUGGCAAGUGGAUGGCCAUAAGCUACACUCCCCGUUACUACGGAGUCAUACUAUACUAUCUCUACACAUUUUUGAUUCAUCUGCUUUUCACCUAUGGAUACAUGCGCCUAGUACCGGCUUUUGCUGCCGUCCGUCAAAUUGAUUCAAGAGCACCACGCAAUAAUCGAACUAAAAUCGACUAAUUCCAAAACUUUACCGGUUACAAUUACGCUUUCGCAUUGCACAUAUCACGCGAAGUUUCUACUCAGCUGGCCUGUAUCUUUCCUAACAAACUCAAAUAUUUAUAUCAGAAAGCGCAAAACUUAUUUAAAAAAUA